AUGUCAAAAUUAAGUUCGAAAUUUGCUAUGAAGGACUUGGGUCCUCUCAGUUACUUCUUAGGAAUUGUUGGUUCCCGUACUCCUGCAGGUCUAUUUCUCUCUCAAAACAAAUAUGCUGCGGAAAUUCUGGAUAAAGCUGACAUGUCUCAAUGCAAACCUGCUCCUACUCCUGUUACUACAUCCAACAAACUUUGUGCUGAUGUUGGGUAUCCAUAUGAUAAUUCUACCUUGUAUCGUAGCUUAGCUAGGGCCUUACAAUAUCUUACUUUCACCCGUCUGGAUAUUUCUUAUGCCGUUCAACAAGUGUGUUUAUUUAUGCAUGAUCCUCGAGUUGAACAUAUGGCUGCUCUUCAUAGAAUUCUUCGUUGUCCUGACACCCGUCGCAUCACUUCCGGUUACUUUGUUUUUCUCGGUGACAAUUUGAUCUCUUGGUUUGCUAAGCGCCAACCUACGCUCUCUAAGUCUAGUGCCGAAGCUGAGUAUCGUGGUGUUGCUAAUAUUGUUUCUGAAACUUGUUGGAUUCGUAACUUGCUUCUUGAGCUUCAUUGUCCUAAUCCCAUGGCCACUCUUGUUUAUUGUGACAAUGUUAGUACUGUUUAUAUGUCGGGCAAUCCCGUUCAUCAUCAACGCACUAAGCAUAUUGAAAUGGACAUUCAUUUUCUUCGUAAAAAGGUUCAGCGUGGUUAUGUUCGGCUAGUUUCCUUACUCUCCAAGAUUACUCUUGUAGCUAGUUUUCUUAUUCUCCAAGAUUACUCUUGUAUUUAUUCUCUCAUUUUGAAUGAAAUGACAACAAAUCAUUUUACCAAUUCUAUCAAUAUUAUAUGA